AUGUCCCGGCAGCGGCUGCACAGCCAAGAGGAGGGUCUGUCUCUGGCGCAGAGGACGGGCUCGGAGGACAACCUCUACCUGGCCGUGCUGAGGGCCUCCGAGGGCAAGAAAGAUGAGCGAGACCGGGUCCAGAAGAAAACCUUCACCAAAUGGGUCAACAAGCACCUCAUCAAGGCGCAGCGUCAUGUCAACGAUCUCUACGAGGACCUGCGGGAUGGACACAACCUCAUCUCGCUGCUGGAGGUGCUCUCGGGGGACACGCUGCCCCGGGAGAAGGGCAGGAUGCGCUUCCACAAGCUGCAGAACGUGCAGAUCGCCCUCAACUACCUGAAGCAUCGCCAGGUGAAACUGGUCAACAUCCGCAACGAUGACAUUGCCGAUGGCAACCCCAAGCUGACGCUGGGGCUCAUCUGGACCAUCAUCCUCCACUUCCAGAUCUCGGACAUCCAGGUGACGGGGCAGUCGGAAGACAUGACAGCCAAGGAGAAGCUGCUGCUCUGGUCCCAGCGGAUGGUGGAGGACUACCAGGGCCUGCGCUGCGACAACUUCACCACCAGCUGGCGGGACGGGCGCCUCUUCAACGCCAUCAUCCACCGGCACAAGCCCAUGCUGAUCGACAUGAACCGGGUGUACCGCCAGAGCAACCUGGAGAACCUGGACCAGGCCUUCACUGUGGCCGAGCGGGACCUGGGGGUGACGCGCCUGCUGGACCCCGAAGACGUGGAUGUGCCCCAGCCGGACGAGAAGUCCAUCAUCACCUACGUCUCCUCGCUCUACGACGCCAUGCCCCGCGUGCCCGAGGUGCAGGACGGCGUCAAGGCCAAUGAGCUGCAGCUGCGCUGGCAGGAGUACUACGAGGUGGUGACGCUGCUGCUGCAGUGGAUCCGCCAGCACACCGUCCUCUUCGAGGAGCGCCGCUUCCCCGCCAGCUAUGAGGAGAUCGAGGAUCUGCGCUGUGCAGGGACAGGACCCGUGCCAUGCGUGGAAGGGAUCGGUGCCCCAUGGGGCCGGACGCAUGCCAUGCGCGGACGGGAUCGGUGCUCGCGUGCCGACCCCAGCCGCGCCGUCUCCCCGGGCAGGCUGGAGCGGCUGCAGCGCAUCGUCAGCAAGCUGCAGAUGGAGUCGGGGCUCUGUGAGGAGCAGCUCAACCAGGCUGACACCCUGCUCCAGUCGGACGUCCGACUGCUGAAUGCGGGGAAGCCGCCGCAGAAGGCAGCCGAGAUCGAGCGGGACCUGGACAAGGCGGAUGCCAUGAUCCGGCUGCUCUUCAACGAUGUGCAGACCCUCAAGGAUGGCCGGCACCCGCAGGGGGAGCAGAUGUACCGCAGGGUGUACCGCCUGCAUGAGCGCCUCGUGGCCAUCCGCACCGAGUACAACCUGCGGCUCAAGUCGGGCGCGCCGGCAGCAGCAGUGACGGUGCCGCUGGGGCAGCAGCCGCGGCAGGAGCUGGACGAGGCGACACUGCGGUACCUGCAGGACCUGCUGGCCUGGGUGGAGGAGAACCAGCGGCGGCUGGGGGCGGCCGAGUGGGGCAUGGACCUGCCCACCGUGGAGUCCCACCUGGGCAGCCACCGCGGCCUCCACCACUCCAUCGAGGAGUUCCGCACCAAGAUCGAGCGGGCGCGGGCCGACGAGGCACAGCUCUCCCCCGGCCCCCGCAACGCCUACCGGGAGUGCCUGGGCAAGCUGGACCUGCAGUACGCCAAGCUGCUGAACUCCUCCAAGUCCCGGCUGCGGCACCUGGAGAGCCUCCACAGCUUCGUCAGCGCUGCCACCAAGGAGCUGAUGUGGCUGAACGAGAAGGAGGAGGAGGAGGUGAACUUCGACUGGAGCGACCGCAACCCCAACAUGACGGCCAAGAAGGAGAACUACUCGGGGCUGAUGCGGGAGCUGGAGCUGCGGGAGCGCAAGAUCAAGGAGCUGCAGAGCACGGGGGACCGGCUGCUGCGGGAGGAGCACCCGGGCAGGCAGACCCUGGAGGCUUUCCAGGCAGCCCUGCAGACCCAGUGGAGCUGGAUGCUCCAGCUGUGCUGCUGCAUCGAGGCCCACCUGAAGGAGAACAGCGCCUACUUCCAGUUCUUCGCCGAUGUGAAGGAGGCUGAGGAAUUCCUGAGGAAGACGCAGGAGAACAUGAAGAAGAAAUACUCAUGCGACCGCAGCAUCACGGUCACGCGCCUGGAGGACCUGCUGCAGGACUGCUACGGGGGGCAGCUGGCGGGGCUGGCCCGCCGCGCCAAGGCCAUCGUCCAGCUGAAGCCCCGCAGCCCUGGCACCCACCUCCAGGGCCGCCCGCCCAUCCAGGCCGUCUGCGACUACAAGCAAAUAGAGAUCACCGUGCACAAGAACGACGAGUGCACCCUGCUCAGCAACGCCCAGCCCUACAAGUGGAGGGUGCUGAGCGCCGCCGGCAGCGAAGCCAUCGUCCCCUCCGUCUGCUUCCUUGUGCCGCCCCCCAACAAGGAGGCGCUGGAUGCCGUGCACAGGCUGGAGGCCGCCCACCAGCACCUCCUCGUGCUCUGGCACCAGCUGCACCUGGACAUGAGGAGCCUCCUGUCCUGGCAGUACCUGAUCCGCGACAUCCAGCAGAUCCAGUCCUGGUCCCACCUGACGUUCCGCACAAUGCAGGUGGAGGAGUGCCGGCAGGUCCUGCGCAGCCUGGAGACCCACUACCAGGAGUUCCUGCGGGACAGCCAGGACUCGCAGAGCUUCCAGCCCGAUGACCGGCUGCACGUGGAGCGCGAGUACAAUGCCUGCACCCAGAAGUACGAGCUGCUGCUGCGCAGCCAGGAGAAAGGAGAACAGGACGAGUCCCUGUGCAAGAGCUACAUCUCACAGCUGAAGGACAUCCGUCUGCAGCUGGAGGGCUGCGAGACCCGCACCAUCCACAAGAUCCGCCUGCCUCUCGACAAGGACCCGGUCAAGGAGUGCGCCCAGCGCAUCACCGAGCAGCAGCAAAUCCACCUGGAGCUGGAGGGCAUCAAGAAGAACCUGGACAAGGUCAGCGAGAAGACAGAGAAGGUGCUGGCCCAGCCAGAGCAGGCCAGCUCGGCCCCCAUCUUGCGCUCAGAGCUGGAGAUCACCCUGCAGAAGAUGGACCAGGUGUACAGCCUCUCCAGCAUCUACCUGGAGAAGCUGAAGACCAUCAACCUGGUGAUCCGCAGCACUCAGGGGGCAGAGGAGCUGGUCAAGAAGUACGAGGACCAGCUGAAGGAUGUGCAGACCGUGCCGGCUGACCUCAAGGAGCUGGAGGCCAGCAAGGCUGAGCUGAAGCGGCUGCGUGUGCAGGCGGAGGGGCACCAGCCCUUCUUCAGCACGCUGGAGACCGACCUGAGCAAGGCCAAGGACGUCAACGAGCGGAUGGUCAGGGGCCACAGUGAGCGCGACGUGGACCUGGACCGCUACCGGGAGAGAGUCCAGCAGCUGCUGGAGCGCUGGCAGGCUGUCCUGACCCAGACGGACCUGCGCCAGCGUGAGCUGGACCAGCUGGGCCGCCAGCUGCGGUACUACCGCGAAAGCUGCGAUGGGCUGCUCCAAUGGAUCCAGGAUGCAAAGCAGCGGCAGGAGAAAAUCCAGGCAGUGCCCAUCACCGACAGCAAGACUGUGCGGGAGCAGCUGCUGCAGGAGAAGAAACUCCUGGAGGAGUGCGACCGCAACAAGGAGAAGGUGGAGGAGUGCCAGCGCUACGCCAAGCAGUACAUCGAUGCCAUCAAGGAUUAUGAGCUGCAGCUGGUGAGCUUCAAGGCGCAGGUGGAGCCGAUGGCCUCUCCAGCCAAGAAGCCCAAAGUGCAGUCUGCGUCCGACAGCAUCAUCCAGGAGUACGUGGACUUGCGGACGCGGUACAGCGAGCUGACCACGCUCACGAGCCAGUACAUCAAGUUCAUCACGGAGACGCUACGGCGGCUGGAGGAGGAGGAGAAAGCCGCCGAGAAGCUGAAGGAGGAGGAGAGGAAGCGGCUGGCGGAGGUGGAGGCCCAGCUGGAGAAGCAGCGGCAGCUGGCCGAGGCCCACGCCAAAGCCAAGGCGCAGGCGGAGGCGGAGGCGCGGGAGCUGCAGCUCCGCAUGCAGGAGGAGGUCACCCGGCGGGAGGUGGUGGCCGUGGACGCCGAGCAGCAGAAGCAGAACAUCCAGCAGGAGCUGAUGCAGCUGCGGCAGAACUCAGACCACCAGAUCAAGUCCAAGGUCAAGCUGAUCGAGGAGGCCGAGUACAACCGCAAGAAGGUGGAGGAGGAGAUCCGCCUCAUCCGCCUCCAGCUGGAGAGCACUGAGAAGCAGCGGGCAGGUGCCGAGAUGGAGCUGCAGGACCUGCGGGCACGUGCCGAGGAAGCCGAGCGGCAGAAGAAGCAGGCUCAGGAGGAGGCUGAGCGCCUGCGCUGGCAGGUGAAGGAGGAGAGCCAGAAGAAGCGGGAGGCAGAGGAGGAGCUGAAGCGCAAGGUGCAGGCCGAGAGGGACGCGGCGCGGGAGAAGCAGAAGGCAGUGGCGGACCUGGAGAAGCUGCGGCUGCAGGCGGAGGAGGCUGAGCGGCGGAUGCGGCAGGCGGAGGCUGAGAAGGAGCGGCAGAUCCAGGUGGCCCAGGAGGUGGCCCAGCGGAGCGCUGAGGCCGAGCUGCAGAGCAAGCGGCUGUCCUUCGCCGAGAAGACGGCGCAGCUGGAGCUGUCGCUGCAGCAGGAGCACAUCACAGUGACCCACCUGCAGGAGGAGGCUGAGCGGCUGAAGAAGCAGCAGCUGGAGGCCGAGCAGUCACGGGAGGAGGCCGAGAAGGAGCUGGAGCACUGGCGGCAGAAGGCCAAUGAGGCACUGCGGCUGCGGCUGCAGGCAGAGGAGGUGGCCCACAAGAAGGCGUUGGCACAGGAGGAGGCAGAGAAGCAGAAGGAGGACGCGGAGCGGGAGGCCCGCAAGCGUGCCAAGGCGGAGGAGUCGGCCCUGCGGCAGAAGGAGCUGGCGGAGGAGGAGCUGGAGAAGCAGCGGGAGCUGGCGGAGGGCACGGCCCAGCAGAAGCUGGCGGCGGAGCAGGAGCUGAUCCGGCUGAAGGCGGAGAUGGACAACAGGGAACAGCAGCGCCUGCUCCUGGAGGAGGAGCUCUUCCGGCUGAAGAAGGAGGUGAGCGAGGCCAUCCAGAAGAGGAAAGAGGUGGAGGAGGAGCUGGCCAAGCUGCGGGCCGAGAUGGAGAUCCUGCUAGAGAGCAAGGCCAAGACGGAGGAGGAGUCGCGCUCCACCAGCGAGAAGUCCAAGCAGCGGCUGGAGGCCGAGGCCAGCAAGCUGCGGGAGCUGGCCGAGGAGGCUGCCCGGCUGCGGGCCCUGGCGGGGGGAGCCGAGGCUGAGCGCAUCCUGAAGGAGAAGCUGGCGGCCAUCAACGAGGCCUCGCGGCUGAAGGCGGAGGCAGAGAUCGCCCUGAAGGAGAAGGAGGCGGAGAACGAGCGGCUGCGGCGGCUGGCGGAGGACGAGGCCUACCAGCGCAAGCUGCUGGAGGAGCAGGCCACCCAGCACAAGCAGGACAUCGAGGAGAAGAUCGCCAUGCUGAAGCGCUCCUCGGAGAGCGAGCUGGAGCGGCAGAAGAGCCUGGUGGAGGACACGCUGCGGCAGCGGCGCCAGGUGGAGGAGGAGAUCCGCGCCCUGAAGGCCAGCUUCGAGAAGGCCUCGGCGGGCAAGACCGACCUGGAGCGGGAGUUGAGCCGCAUCCGCGGGGAGGCAGAGGAGGUGCAGCGCAGCCGGGAGCAGGCCGAGCGGGAGGCCGAGCGGCAGCGGGCACUGGCGCUGGAGGAGGAGGGCCGCCGGCGGGAGGCUGAGGAGAAGGUGCAGGCCAUCCUGGCGGCCGAGGAGGAGGCCGGGCGGCAGCGGCGGCUGGCUCUAGAGGAGGUGGAGCGGCUGAAGGCCAUGGUGGAGGAGGCCAGGCGGCAGAAGGAGCUGGCGGAGAAGGAGUCGGAGCGGCAGAUCCAGCUGGCACGGGAGGCGGCGCAGAAGCGGAUCGCGGCGGAGGAGAAGGCCCACCUGGCCGCUGUGCAGCAGAAGGAGCAGGAGCUGCUGCAGACACGGCAGCAGGAGCAGAGCCUCCUGGACCGGCUGCGGGAGGAGGCCGAGCGGGCCAGGCGGGCGGCAGAGGAGGCAGAGUUCGCUCGCAGUAAGGCCGAGCAGGACGCCAGCCUCUCCCGGCAGCGGGUGGAGGAGGCCGAGCGGCUGAAGCAGCAGGCGGAGGAGGAGGCGCAGGCCAAGGCGCAGGCGCAGGCGGAUGCGGAGAAGCUGCGGAAGGAGGCCGAGCUGGAGGCGGCAAAGCGGGCGCAGGCGGAGCAGGCGGCCCUGCGGCAGAAGCAGCUGGCAGAUGCUGAGAUGGAGAAGCACAAGAAGUUUGCCGAGCAGACGCUGCGGCAGAAGGCACAGGUGGAGCAGGAGCUGACCAAGGUGAAGCUGCAGCUGGACGAGACAGACCACCAGAAGGGCAUUCUGGAUGAGGAGCUGCAGCGGCUGAAGGAGGAGGUGACCGACGCCGUCCGGCAGAAGGCCCAGGUGGAGGAGGAGCUCUUCAAGGUCCGGGUGCAGAUGGAGGAGCUGGCGAAGCUGAAGAGCCGGAUUGAGGAGGAGAACAAGGCACUGAUCCUCAAGGACAAGGACAACACGCAGAAGUUUCUGGCGGAGGAGGCCGAGAAGAUGAAGCAGGUGGCGGAGGAGGUUGCCCGGCUCAGUGUGGAGGCCCAGGAGGCCGCCCGCAUGCGGAAGCUGGCUGAGGACGACCUGGCGCAGCAGCGGGCACUGGCAGAGAAGAUGCUCAAGGAGAAGAUGCAGGCAGUGCAGGAGGCCACGCGGCUGAAGGCCGAGGCGGAGAUGCUGCAGAAGCAGAAGGACCUGGCGCAGGAGCAUGCCAAGCGGCUGCAGGAGGACAAGGAGCAGAUGCAGCAGCGCCUGGCCGAGGAGACCGAGGGUUUCCAGAAAACCCUGGAGGCUGAGCGCCGGCGGCAGCUGGAGAUCACGGCCGAGGCUGAGCGCCUCAAACUGCACGUGGCAGAGAUGAGCAUGGCCCAGGCCAAGGCCGAGGAGGAAGCCAAGCGGUUCAAGAAGCAGGCAGAGGAGAUCAGCGAAAGGCUGCACGAGACUGAGCUGGCCACGCAGGAGAAGAUGACGCUGGUGCACACUCUGGAGAUCCAGCGGCACCAGAGUGAUCAGGAUGCAGAGAAGCUGCGGAGGGCCAUCGCCGACCUGGAGCAGGAGAAGGAGAAGCUGAAACAGGAGGCGGCGUUGCUGCAGCAGAAGGCAGAGGAGAUGCAGGUGGCCCAGCAGGCACAGCUCCGCCAGGAGACACAGCUCCUCCAGCAGACCUUCCUGACGGAGAAGGACGCCCUGCUGCAGAAGGAGAAGUUCAUCGAGGAAGAGAAAACAAAGCUGGAGAAGCUCUUUAAAGAUGAGGUGAACAAAGCCCAGAACCUGAAGGCAGAGCAGGAGCGGCAGCAGAAGGAGAUGGAGCAGGAGAAGCAGCAGCUGAAAGCCAUGCUGGACGAAGCCAAGAAGCAUCAGCAAGAAGCAGAGGAAAAUGUCCGGCACAAGCAGGAGGAGCUGCAGCAGCUGGAGAGACAGCGGCAGCAGCAGGAGAAACUCCUGGAAGAGGAGAACAAGAAGCUCAGGGAGAGGCUCGAGCAAAUGCAGGAAGAGUACAAGGCUGCCCUGGCCCAGACACGAGAGAUCAUGAUCCAGACGGACGACCUGCCCGAGGAGACCAUGGUUAUGACGAUGCAGCUGUCAGAUACCAAAGCUGUGCCCAAUGGCAGAGAGGUGGUGGAUGGCUUGGCGCAGAACGGGGAGCCAGAGUUUGCGUUUGACGGUAUCCGUCAGAAGGUAUCUGCAGAGAAGCUGGCUGACGCUGGCAUUUUGAGCAAGGAGAGCUUAGACAAGUUGGCGAAGGGCGUCGUGAGUGUUGGAGAGCUCUCGCAGAGGGAAGACAUCAAGAAGUACCUGCAGGGCAAGAGCAGCAUCGCUGGUUUGUUAAUCAAACCCACCAAUCAAAAGAUGAGCAUCUAUGAAGCCAUGAAGAAGAAGCUGCUCAGCCCAGGCACCGCGCUGGUCCUCCUGGAAGCGCAGGCUGCCUCCGGCUUCAUAAUUGACCCUGUGCGAAACGCGAGGCUCUCAGUGAAUGAGGCAGUGAGAGAGGGAGUGAUUGGGCCAGAACUGCACAAUAAGAUGCUGGCUGCUGAACGGGCAGUAACCGGCUACAAGGAUCCUUACACAGGCGACCAGAUCUCCCUCUUCCAGGCCAUGAAGAAGGAGCUCAUUGUCAAGGAGCACGGCAUCCGCCUGCUCGAGGCCCAGAUCGCCACUGGCGGCAUCAUCGAUCCCGUCAACAGCCACCGCCUGCCUGUAGAAGCUGCCUACAAGAGGGGCUACUUCGAUGAGGAGAUGAACCAGGUCCUCUCUGACCCCACCGACGACACCAAGGGCUUCUUCGACCCCAACACACAGGAGAACCUCACCUACCUGCAGCUCAUGGAGCGGUGCGUGACUGACCCGGACACGGGGCUGUGCCUCCUGCCGCUCACUGACCAGGCGACCAAAGCAAGAGAGCUGGUCUACACUGACAAAGAAGCUAAGGACGUCUUUAAAAAGGCCACGGUGACGGCACCGUUCGGCAAGUUCCAAGGGAAGACCGUGACCAUCUGGGAGGUCAUCAACUCUGAAUACUUCACUGAGGACCAAAGGCGGGACCUGAUCCAGCAGUACAGGACUGGCAAGAUCACAGUGGAGAAGAUCAUUAAGAUCAUCAUCACGGUUGUGGAAGAAAGCGAGAAAAAGAGCCAGAUGUGCUUCGAGGGCCUCCGGGCCCCUGUGCCUGCCGCUGAGCUGCUGGAUAGCAAAAUAAUCAACAAGGACCUCUACAACCAGCUGCACCAGGGCAAGAAGUCUGUGAAGGACGUGGCGGAGAUGGAGUCUGUGCGGCAGUACCUGAAGGGCACGGAUGUCAUUGCCGGUGUCCUAGUGGAGUCGACUGGCCAGAAGCUCACCUUUUACGAUGCCCUGAAGAGAAACCUGCUGAAGCCAGAGAUUGCCCUGUCCCUGCUGGAAGUGCAGGCUGCCACCGGCUACAUCAUUGACCCUGUGCAGAACAAGCUGUUCUCUGUUGAUGAGGCAGUGAAGGCCGAGGUGGUGGGGCCGGAGUUUCAUGAGAAGCUGCUGUCUGCAGAGAAGGCUGUGACUGGCUACAAGGAUCCCUAUACGGGCCAGACGGUUUCCCUCUUCCAAGCGCUCAAGAAGGGCCUCAUCCCCAGCGAUACCGGGAUGCGUCUGCUGGAUGUCCAGCUCGCCACCGGAGGCAUCAUCGAUCCUGUGAACAGCCACCGGCUCCCGCUCGAGGUCGCCUAUAAGCGGGGUUACUUCAACCCGGAGAUAAAUGAGGCUCUGUCUGACCUCCGAGAUGACACCAAGGCUUUCUAUUGUCCCAACACCCAAGAGCACCUCACCUAUGCCCAGUUGCAGAAGAACUGCCACCGUGACAAGCAGACUGGCUUCUGCCUGCUGCCCCUGUCAGACAAAGCCAUCCAGUCACAGCAGGAGGAGGUCUACACAGACAGCCAGGCGAAGGAGCGCUUUGACAAGGCAACCGUAGAGGUCCCAGUGGGCAGCAUGAAGGGCCAGACAAUGACCAUCUGGGAGCUAAUCCACUCCGAGUACUUCACAGAGGAGCACAGGCGGGAGCUCCUCCGACAGUACAAGACUGGCAAGGUGACCAUUGAAAAGAUCAUCAAGAUCGUGAUCACCAUUAUCGAGGAGGCAGAGACCAAAAAGCAGGAGAAGCUGACAUUCAGCGGUCUCCGGGCACCUGUACCUGCCAGCGAGCUGGUGGAGUCCCACAUCAUCAGCAAAGCCCAGUACGAGCAGCUGAAGGAAGGCAAGAAAUCAGUGAAGGACCUCUCUGAGACAGAUGCGGUGAGGAGAUUCCUGCAUGGCAGUGACUGCAUUGCUGGUGUCUACGUGGAGGCGACCAAGGAGAAGCUGAACAUCUAUGAGGCCAUGAAGAGGAACCUGCUGAGGCCCAGCACCGCCGUGGUCCUCCUGGAGGCUCAGGCAGCAACUGGGUUCUUGAUCGACCCUGUGAAGAACCGGAAACUGUAUGUCAAUGAGGCUGUGAAGGCUGGUGUCGUCGGGCCUGAACUGCACGAGAAGCUGCUGUCUGCCGAGAAGGCUGUCACUGGGUACAAGGACCCCUACUCGGGCAACACCAUCUCCCUCUUCCAGGCCAUGAAGAAAGGACUCAUCGUGAAGGAGCACGGCAUCCGCCUGCUCGAGGCCCAGAUCGCCACCGGUGGCAUCAUCGACCCCGUGCACAGCCACCGCCUCCCUGUGGAGGUGGCCUACAAGCGGGGCUACUUCGACGAGGAAAUGAACCGAACCCUCUCCGACCCCACUGAUGACACCAAGGGCUUCUUUGACCCCAACACCCACAAGAACCUCACCUACCUGCAGCUGAAGGAGAAGUGCAUCGAGGAUCCUGAGACGGGCCUGUAUCUGCUGCCUCUGCGGGAGCCUGAGAAGCCUACAGUGGUAGAGACCACCCAGGUGUACACAGAGGCAGAGACGCGGAAGGUGUUUGAGGAGACACAGGUGGACAUCCCUGUGGGCACCAAGGCGGGCUCCUCCAUGUCGCUGUGGGAGAUCAUGCACUCAGACCUGCUGCCUGAAGAGCAGCGGAAGCAGCUCAUGGAGGAGUUCCAGUCCGGCCGUGUGUCCAAGGAGCGCUUGAUCAUCAUCAUCAUUGAGAUCAUUGAGAAGACUGAAAUCAUCCGGCAGCAGAAUCUCACAUCCUAUGACUACAUCCGGCGCCGCAUCACGGCCGAGGACCUCUACGAGGCCAAGAUCAUCUCGCUAGACAUCUACAACCUGCUGAAGCAGGGCUCCAAAACCUUCCGGGAGCUCCUGGAUGUGGAGAUUAUCUGGAAGUACCUCUAUGGGUCAGGCUGUGUGGCUGGCAUCUACAUCCCCUCUUCCAAGCAGAAGCUGAGUAUCUACCAGGCACUGAAGAAGGGGCUGAUCAACUCCGAAGUGGCCCGCUCCCUCCUGGAGGCCCAGGCUGCCACCGGUUUCAUGAUCGACCCCACAAAGAAUGAGAUGCUGACCGUUGACGAAGCGGUCAGGAAGGGUGUGGUGGGGCCUGAAAUCCAUGACCGGCUCCUGUCCGCAGAGAGGGCUGUGACCGGUUACAGAGACCCGUACAGCGAACAGAAGAUUUCCAUCUUCCAGGCCAUGAAGAAAGAUCUCAUUCCCAGCGAAGAGGCCCUCAAGCUCCUGGACGCCCAGAUAGCCACCGGUGGCAUCAUUGACCCGCACCUGGGCUUCCAUCUGCCCCUGGAGGUGGCCUGCCAGCGGGGCUUCAUCAACAAGGACACAUACGACAUGCUGUCCGAGCCCAGUGAGGUGCGAAGCUACGUGGACCCAUCCACGGAGGAGAAGCUCAGCUACACACAGCUCCUGAAGCGGUGCCGGAAGGAUGAGAACAGCGGGCUCCUCCUGCUCCCACUCUGUGACACAAGGAAGCUCACCUUCCGGGGGCUGCGGAAGCAGAUCACUGUGGAGGAGCUGGUCCGUUCACAGGUGAUGGACGAAGCCACUGCCCAGCGCCUCCAGGAAGGCCUCACCUCCAUCGAGGAGGUCUCUAAGAACCUGAAGAAGUUCCUGGAGGGCACCAGCUGCAUUGCUGGCGUCUUUGUGGACUCCACGAAGGAGCGGCUGUCCGUGUACCAGGCCAUGAAGAAGGGUAUCAUCAGGCCAGGCACCGCGUUUGAGCUCCUGGAGGCGCAGGCAGCCACGGGGUAUGUAAUUGACCCCAUCAAGGGCCUCAAGCUGACAGUGGAGGAAGCUGUGCGGAUGGGCAUUGUGGGCCCUGAGUUCAAGGACAAGCUGCUCUCUGCUGAGAGGGCAGUCACUGGCUACCGGGAUCCCUACUCUGGAAAGCUCAUCUCCCUCUUCCAGGCCAUGAAGAAGGGUCUGAUCCUGAAGGACCAUGGGAUCCGCUUGCUUGAGGCCCAGAUUGCAACGGGAGGCAUAAUUGAUCCCGAGGAAAGCCACCGCCUCCCUGUGGAGAUUGCCUACAAGAGGGGCCUCUUCGAUGAGGAGAUGAAUGAGAUCCUGCUGGAUCCCAGCGAUGAUACCAAGGGCUUCUUCGACCCGAACACAGAGGAGAACCUCACCUACCUGCAGCUCAUGGAGCGGUGCAUCACUGACCCAGAGACUGGCCUCUGCCUCCUGCCCCUGAAGGAGAAGAAGCGGGAGAGGAAGACUUCUUCCAAGUCCUCUGUCCGCAAGCGCAGGGUGGUGAUUGUCGACCCGGAGACAGGCAAGGAGAUGUCUGUGUACGAAGCCUAUCGCAAGGGCCUCAUCGACCACCAGACCUACCUGGAGCUGUCGGAGCAGGAGUGUGAGUGGGAGGAGAUCACCACCUCCUCCUCUGAUGGCGUGGUGAAGUCAAUGAUCAUCGACAGACGCUCAGGGCGCCAGUACGACAUCGACGAUGCCAUCAGCAAGGGCCUGAUCGACCAGUCGGCCCUGGACCAGUACCGCUCAGGCACCCUCUCCAUCACCGAGUUUGCAGACAUGCUCUCUGGCAACAUGAGCGGCUUCCGGUCACGGUCGUCCUCCGUGGGAUCAUCCUCCUCCUACACUGUCAGCCCGGCCCCCACGCGAACGCAGAUAUCUAUGUGGAGCGACCCGACUGAGGAGACUGGGCCAGUGGCAGGCAUCCUGGACACAGACACUCUGGAGAAGGUGUCCAUCACAGAGGCGAUGCGCCGCAACCUCGUGGAUAACAUCACCGGGCAGAGGCUGCUGGAAGCCCAGGCCUGCACUGGGGGCAUCAUCGACCCCAACACUGGGGAUAAGUGCUCCGUCGCCGACGCGGUGAACAAGGGCCUGGUCGACAAGAUCAUGGUAGACCGCAUCAACCUGGCGCAGAAGGCCUUCUAUGGCUUCGAGGACCCACGGACCAAGACGAAGAUGUCAGCGGCCCAGGCCCUGAAGAAGGGCUGGCUGUACUACGAGGCCGGGCAGCGCUUCCUGGAGGUGCAGUACCUGACGGGGGGCCUGAUCGAGCCUGACGUCGAGGGCCGUGUCUCCUUGGACGAGGCGCUGCAGAAGGGCACCAUCGACACGCGCACGGCCCAGAAGCUGCGGGAUGUGAACACCUACUCCAAGUAUCUCACCUGCCCCAAAACCAAGCUCAAGAUCUCCUACAAGGACGCGAUGGACCGAAGCAUGAUUGAGGACGGGACAGGCCUGCGGCUGCUGGAGGCCUCCUCCCAGUCCAGCAAGGGCUACUACAGCCCCUACAAUGUCAGCAGCGCUGGCUCCACCUCCGGCUCGCGGUCGGGCUCCCGGACCGGGUCCCGGUCGGGCUCCAGGCGAGGCAGCUUCGACGCCACCGGCUCCGGCUUCUCCAUGACCUUCUCUUCCUCCUCCUACUCUUCCUCAAGCUUUGGGCGCAGAUACACUGGGGGUCCCCAGAGCGCCGUGGAGGCGGCCGCCCUCACCCUCACCUUGUCCCUCCUGAGCAGGAGCUGCGGGCAGGAGGCGAGUGGGGAGCAUCCCGGGCUGCAUGGGCCCCCGGUCCGCGUGGCCUGA